GUCGCAUUUUGCCACCCUGGUUACAAUGCACCAUUCAACAGGCUCUUCUCCUUGCCUCGCGUUGAGAGCGCCUCGCCGCGGGGACCGUGGGGCGUACAUUACCUGACCGCGCUUACAGCCUGCCAGAUUAUCGCCAAUAAUGCCUUUGACGGCUAUCUCGUUGCAGAGCAGGCCGACGGACCCCGGAUCGUGGCAGACAACGACAGCAUCCUCACACACAAUCAAUACUUCUUUAUCGUUCCCGACAAACCAAUAUACGCUGUUGUACCAUCGUUUCAAGAGUGGCAGUUUCCUGGAAGUGCUCCUCAAGCAUGGCAGGAUGCGGUAGCAGCUACUUUGGCAGACGACAUAACUUUGGCAGGCGACGUACCAGGCGAACAGCGUUGUGUUGUAACCGGCCGCUUUACAGUCGAAGUAGCUCACCUCAGUCCAAGGGAAGAAAAAACAUGGUUUCUUAACAAUGCGAUGACCAUAUACGAUUCGCAUUCAGCCUCCAACCCAACCGAUUGUCCUUCCAACCAAAUCAUUCUCGACUGUUCUUUACAUACAGCUAUGGACAAACAACUUUGGGCCUUUGCGCCACGGCAUCAACGUUUUGCGGUUCAAACGAUUUCCCUUCCCCAAAAUCUUACACACAACAUGCUGAGCGAAUUUGUUGACGAGUAUCACGGCCGGUACCUACGGCCCGGGGGAAUGUUUGGGACAGAGGUUGAAUACUUGUUCGUACGAUCUGCUUGGACAGUACUU